GAAUGAAUUGGAUUUCAGUUCUGGCAGGGCGACGGUUCAAGAUGGUUUGGAAGCGAUCAGCAGACGUUCCCUUUCCCAAGGUUUGGCAUCGGUUUCAAGCCAAAGCACCCGAUAGUGACCUGCUGGUUUGGUACUCGGUUCAGGAUCUUCCGGUGGAGCGAUUCCAGGAUGCAGUUCAGCACAUGAAAAGACAUUUUGCUCGGGAUGAGCAGUUGAACAAAGCCAAGGGGCUGGAGAACGAUUCGGUAGGCAUGGAGGAGGUGGUCCAGCUGUGGAAGGUCAUGCUACCGGAGAGGUUGUCUCUGGUGUGCUUCCGAGAGGGUUCGGAUGAAAUCGUCGGAGUCAACGUCCUGGCGGUGGCGACCAAAUCGGAUAAGGGGGCAUUGAAGUUCACAAGCGCCACCUUUCAAACAAUCUUUGACACCAUUGGCUACGUAUCGCAGCAGGCCAACGUGUACGAACGCUACAGAGUGGACUGCUAUCUGAAUGCGAUGGGGCUUUCGGUUGAUCCAAGCUACCGGGGACGGGGCAUAGCAACCGAAUUGCUCAAGGCUCGAGUUCCACUUUGCAAAGGGGUGGGCCUAGAGCUGACUUCAACCUGCUUUACUGGGCCUGGAUCGCAAGCUGCCGCGAAGAAAGCUGGCUUCAGGGAGGAUUUAGCCAUCACUUAUGCGGAACUGGCACAGGUCGAUCGCCGGUUUGUGUUCCCCGGGAUUGAAGAUUCGCUUUGUAAAUAUAUGAGUUUGAAGAUUGAGUAG